AUUGAAAUGGAAAUCAUUGCGCUGGGUCACGUGGCUAGCAUUUAGCGUUUCCUUUCCGUUAGCAAAGCUGUUGAUUGCAAGAAGUUCUUCGCGAGGAUACAUUUGAGCACAUUAGAAAAAAGGGAUUACACACAUAUAAAGCACGCUUUCCAUUGCCAUCGAAGCGUUACAUCCCUUUUCUUGCACCAGGGCCCCAACAGAGCCCCCUACUUGGUGGGCUCCCAGGGAGCUCUUUACUGAUCGGACAGCAAGCUGCAUGCUUGCGGCUAGCUCAGCUGAAAGCCCACCUUGCGUUGACACAGAUAAAUAAUGCUGUUGCUGUUGGUGGCCGAACCAACACACCUGCCCCAUUUAUACCCACAACACCCCCAUGCCCGACUGCUGCAGCCAUCAGUCUACUAAACCUUCUGAAGGUUGCUAACAACAUGUCCCAUCCCUUAUAUAACCCCUAUGCCUCUGGGAAUCAAAGUUCAUCCCAGGGGCGCUAUGGACAGUCCAGUAUGCAGGCAGAGAGAGACUCUCAUAAGACAUCUCCUCAUCUUGGGCCUGGGUCCAGCUUUAGCUCUUCUGGAGUUUCAUCUGCAACUCCUGCAAAAUCUGGAGGGAUAAUCCCAUCACUGCAAACUAUGCCAAUGAGCUACAGGCCAGAAGGGAGUAAGACUUCAAUGGAAGAGGACAUAAAGAGGUCCAUAGACAUGCAUAUAAGCAGAGCCAGAGAGGAGGUGAGAAAUCAGCCUUUAAAAAAGAACAGUCAAUUUACCAGCACUCGAAGAGAUGAGUAUGAUUCUUCAGGCAAAGAUGUGACUUCCUACGUGUUGUCCUCAACCUCUCAAAGACCCCCUGAUGUUGCAAGUAGCACUAGCUCCAUGGACUGGUUGCCAAGUUACAAACGGGAAACUGAGGAUGAUUCGUCUAAAUACUGUUCAUCAUCUGCUUCAUUGAGCUAUCAAAGCACUGGUGACGGUAGGUUUAAUGCCUCGAAUGAAAGAGAGCGCAAUGUGCAAUCCAUUCCAGGCUUAGGUGAUUAUGACUACCCAGUGCCAGACAAACCUGUGGGCUCUGCAGAGUCUACUCAUCCCAAGUACACUUCGGAAACAGCUGUGAACAUCCUUAUGCAGUUUGGACUUGAAAAAGAGGACCUGGAACAUCUGAUCUCAUACCCCGAAGAUCAAAUGACUCCUGACAACCUGCCUUUUAUCUUACGACAAAUCCGCAUGGAAAAGGCAAAGAGAUCUGCAACAGCAGGUCCAUCAAAAUCCUACUAUGAUCCUCAUUCCACCACAAGUAUGAGUGGAAGGGAAAGGUUGAGUACUUCAAGAGGGGAAGGGAUGCGUCAGGAUGAAUUGUCACCUAUUGUCCAACCAAGUAAAGUGAUUGAUUAUGGACAUACUGGCAAAUAUACUGGGAGCUUUGGGGAUGAGAUUGGAAGGAGCAGCAGUGGAGCCAGUAGUGGUGGAAGUACGCUGCUGAUGGGCUCCUAUGAUAGUAGCGGUCUCAGUCGAGAACCACUGCAAAAAAGUGUGACAGAGGUGAAAAACAGCACGUUGGUUUCUUCCUGUGAUCAAGGCAGCUCUUUUACCAGUCAUGGCUCAAUGCGAAGCAGCGGUCCAGCUCAACAACUGCCCACACAACCAAACCAGUCAUCUCAAGAAAUCUUCAAAGGUUUCUCUCUGCCCAAGACAGACACAGACAUAAGACCUCUUAAAGCAGAAGUCACUAAAGCCCUUUCUUUGAAAGAUCCAGAGCCAGAUCGCCAGUCAGCAUCAAAAAGCCAACUAACUCCUAAUAUAGUUCGUAGUGUGCAUCCAAGCCGACCUGGCCUUGUACUCAUUGGCAGCAGCAGCAGCGACAGUCACAUCAAAGAAAAGAGCAAGACUCACAGGCAAGUACCAAAUGUUUCUGAGCAGAUGAACAAACAGCAAAUGCAGCAGAAGCAGGUACAACAGCAACAGGUGAAACAGAGAAUGCAACCACCACCACCAAAGCAGCAGAUGCAGCAACAGUUGAAGCAACAGCAGACGCAACAGCAACAAAUGAAGCAGCAGCAGACGCAACAACAACAACUGAAGCAGCAACAGACGCAACAGCAGCAACUGAAGCAGCAGACGCAACAGCAACAAAUGAAGCAGCAGCAGACGCAACAGCAACAAAUGAAGCAGCAGCAGACGCAACAGCAGCAACUGAAGCAGCAGCAGACGCCCCAGGUACCUAACCUGCCGAUCGGGUUGCAGCAGAUGCAGAAUCAGCCAGCUGUGCAUAUGGGACAAGUUUUGCAGUCUCAAGUUUUUUCGGCUGCAAAGCCAGUUCCACAGCCGUCCCUCAUGCCAGGGCUCACGAUGCCCGUUCCUCCGGGUCUCUCUCCGCUAAUGCAGAACCUCAUGAAUUUCAUUCAUAUACCGCAGCCCGCUUCCACCAAGCAGCUUCCAGCAAAGGUAGAAGUGACAAGGAAUAUCCCAGUGCUGGCCCAGAUGCAAGACUACACUGCCGCUUCACCUAGGGUCUUUCCUCAUACCUGCUCUCUAUGUAACAAGGAAUGUAAUCAGAUGAAGGAUUGGAUCUCCCACCAGUAUACCAGCCUUCACAUUGAGAACUGCAGACUUCUGCGAAAGCGAUACCCAGAAUGGAACGGUGAAAUAGCAUCACUGCUAGGUGCGUCAGGUACCAAGCCCUCUCCCUCAACUUCUGCUGAGACUUCCCAGAAGAAAACCAGACAUGAGAGUCGUUCCCGUUCCUGCAGCCCCCGGAGCCAUCGUGACUCAGAGCGUAGCAGGGACUUGCGAAGUAGCCGUUCCCACUCUCACAGCCCCCGCACUCAUCGUGAUUCGGAGCGAAGAAGAAAUAGUCGAAGUAGCCGUUCCCGCUCUGGCAGCUCACGUCGCCGCCAUGAGUCGGAGCGUAGGAGGGACAGACGAAGUAGUCAUUCCCGCUCCGGCAGCCCACUUCGCCGCCAUGAGUCGGAGCGUAGGAGGGACAGACGAAGUAGCCGUUCCCGCUCCGGCAGCCCACGUCGCCGCCGUGACUUGGAGCGUAGGAGGUACAGACGAAGUAGUCACUCCUGUUCUCGAUCACGCAGCCCCCGAAGGGAGAGACACAGAAGCCGAUCACGAUCUCCGUACAGCGCCAGAUGUAAUCGCAGGUCCCGGUCUCAUUCUGACUCCUCAUGGUAUGACCGUCCUUCCUCUUCCCGAUAUCGAUCACGGUCAAGGAGCCGUGAGAGGCGACCCUCACCGAAAAGAAGAGAUAAGAAACGUUCACCACCGAGGAGAAGCUGGGAGAGGCGGUCGUUGGCGAAGAGGUCAUCUCCUAGGCGAAAUACGUCGAGCAGCUCGAAGAUCUUGGCAAAGAAACUGCUGGAAACAUCAGCCCUCCAGUCCUUAUCAAAACAGUCUGACCUGGAGACUGUCGUCAAAACUUUGACUCCUGCCCUGCUGGCUGAGCUAGCCAAGAUGAAGUCAUCCCGAUCAACAUCAUCAUCGUCCUCACGUUCUGCAUCUCCAGAAACAACUAAAGGGAGGCCUAGCACAGAGAAGACCAAGGCUGGUAAAUCUUCCCCUCCGACCAUGGUGAGGCUACAAGGGAUUGUCAGUAGUCUCUCUCACAGUGAAGUGAUUUCUGCUGUGGAGAAAUUCGGAAAAACUAAGUCAGUUGUUUUGUUUAGGUCAAAAUUACAGGCAGUUGUGUGUUUCGAGAAACAGGAAGAUGCUGAGAAACUGAAGAGCUUAAAGAACUUUGACAUAAAAGAAGUAACUGUCAGUGUUGUUAAUGAAAAGGAAAUUGCAUCCAAGAAAACCACAAAAAGCAAACUGGAAACUACAGCAAAAGUCUCGGUUUCCAAAGCGAAAAACAUCUCAGCUGAGCAGAAAGCUAAAACUGUAAAAACAGGUGAUAAGGCUGAAGAAGCAGUUGAAAGUGUAGAAACGGUCACAAAGGACAAAGUCCCUGUGACUGCAAAGAAGAUCUCAAAGUAUCCGGACGCUCCUACCCACCCAACAUUUGGGGAACGGAUAGAAAAGCAACUGUGUCCAGAAAGAAUCCGUUGUCUCAAGACAGUCAGACUUUGCAAUUCAAAGCUUGUUUCUCUUAAUUACAAGGUGCUGUUAAUAAGCAACCUGCCUAAGUAUCAUGAUGGCUGUUAUGCAGAGGAGGACAUCGCCAGUCUGCUCACUCCACACAGAUUUGAAUAUUAUCACGACACGAUCUACGUUAUACCACAGGCGCGCAUGGCUUUUGCCCUCAUGCCGACAGUAAUGGCAGCCAAAAACAUCAUGCUAGUAUCAGAAAGACAUAAAUUUAUUCUCAAUGGGUCUAAACUUCGACUGCAGCUUGUGAAGAGCAGGAAUAUCAAGACCCCGCUUGAGUUUUAUAAGUAUCUGAUGAAUCGGCUGUGUUAUGUUAUGAAGGAAGAGACAGAUAUUGGAGCACGGACAAUCUACAUCAGGAACAUCUCACCAGGCGAGUCCCGGGAUCUCAGAGAAGCUUUGGGAAAAAUCGGUACUGUAAGAAACUACCUGCCUCUUCUCAACAAGGUGUUAAUUGAAUUUGAGUCUCUGUGUGAUGCUGAUCGCCUUGGUGUUUGGUACAGCCUUCUAAAACGGGCCACUGGCCACAAAUUGUCAAGGGUGGAAAUACCACACAGUGGAUUUACGUCACUGCCACCAAGAUUGCCACACAAAGCUUUGCCAGACAGCGAGGUUGCUGUUGAUGGGGCAACUGUCCCAACAGAAGAUAUUACCAUCCCACAACGCAGCACUUCACCAUAUUGGAUCACAAUGACAACUAGUCCCUUUGUUUUCCCCACUGUCUCUCCUUGGUUCACAAUCCCAGAGUAUUUUACUGUCAGUGAACCUGAUGACAUUGAGAAAGCCCAAUCUCAGGGUUCUAUGUUCUCCACGAUCAUGUUGACCGGUUUGCCAGAAGGAAACUACAGACAGGAGGAUGUCGCCAAGCUGGUGUGGCGUUACUUCCCUGAUCAGACUGUUCAGACUCUGUACUACAACAUAAUCGUUUUAUCACUGCAGAGGAGGGCCUUUGUAUUUUUUAACAGCUGGGAUGCGUGCUGCGAUUUCGCCAGAGAUUACCUCAAAGAUCCAGUUACAGUUGGAGAGUGGAGACUCGGAGUCCACAUUGUUUUACAAGACAUGCAUCCUGGUUCAAGUGAGGAGAACAUGUACAGAAGCAUGAUGAAAUGGAGCAGCACUCAUGUUCCAGAGUCUGAGUCUCUGGAGGACCGGCUGCUGAGUGUGGAGGUCUCCGAGGUGAAUGUGGACCUUCUCGUGAAGAUCAUGAAAGUGGUGGCUUCCAUUGCUGCUUUUGUCAGAUUUUUGCCGCUUGGCAACAGGAUAUGCAUUGAGAUGGCUGAACCUGGUGGAUUAACACAGGUGAUGGAGAGCAAUGUCGCCAAGGACUAUUUCUCUUCUUGGAGUAAAGUCGGACGUAUUGAGUCUUUGAAGAGCCUGAAACAGCGUCUGCAAGACUCGGGUAAGAACACAGUUAACCUCGAACUGGAAACUGAGAAGGCUGCAGAAUCGACCGUUGCCCCUCAGCCAAGUGAGGAAGGCCAGAAAGCAGCAGUGAAGGAAGAGGGGCCACCACAAACUUUGGUCACUGCUCCUGAUGCAAACGCCGCCCCCGCCGCUUCUAGCGAUGCUCCUUCGGCAACAAGCCCAGUCAAGUCUGAGGAAAAAGACUCAGAACUUCCUCACAUCAAUGAGGACAUUUUCAUGGCCAUUACAGCUGCGGUUCGUGAGCAUAGACAGGGUCGAGGAUGCAGGGCACAGAGCAAGGAAAGAGAGAGCAAAAGCUGCAGCCCUAGUAGGGCACAGGAUGAAGACGCACCAAACGAAAAGGUUCAAGUUGAUAAUUUAGAGAAGAAAGUUUCUUCAAAGAGCCGCCCUUUUGGUGAGCCGGAUUUCAAUUUGGACCACUUUGUCACUGUUGAUGAAAUUAACGAGGACGCAGCAGACGCAGACCCCAAUGAUGAAAGCGACUCUUCAACUAAGCCAAAGUCCACAGAGAAUACGGAAAGGCAAAGCUCAGAUGCGUCUCCUGCUUCCAAACGAACCUCAGCAAGGUCCUCCAAAGACUCCAGCAGCUCAGCCUCUUCCUCAUUAGAGCCCACGAAAUCUUCUGAGAAAAGCAGUUCAACCUCCUCACCACGAAAAAGUAAAGACUCAUUUGAAUCCACCAAACCCGAAUCCUCUGUGAGUGUCAGUAAGCCUGUUUCCUUUUCUGGUGAGAAAACGCAGCCAAGCAAACCUCCAGACAAAUCGUCGCAUUCUUUGUCCUCGGGUUAUAGGACCCGUUCAUCAAAGAUGGCAUCAACCGCUGCUGCAGAGCUAACGGAGGAAAGUGCAGCAACAAAGUCUGACCUCAAAGUGUCAGCAAAGGAAAAUCAAACUAAAAUGGAAACAUCAUCAGAGACACAGCCACCUGCAGAGGGAGAGGGAUUAGGGAUGAAGAGCCAAACACAGACUCUGGAGGCUGAAUGUAAGGAUGACGCAGACAAAGAGUCAAAGAAAAGCAAAGGAGAAGAUGGGGAAAAAGACAAUGCGGGGAAAUAUCCACAGGAGGAGGAAGAUGAUGGUGAAAGUUACCAGAUCCUUGAUUCGAACGAGGAGCCAACAGAUGAACAGAUAGAUGAAGACACAAACCAAGAGACUAAAACAGAGUCAUCAGGGCCUGAGCAAACCCAGAGUUUGCAUGAGGGGGAUAGUCAGGUCUUGGACAGCAUUGAUGAUAAAGGCUCAGAGGAGUCCAGUAAAACUGAAACGGAUGCUUCUCUCUAUAUGAUAGACAGCGUUAGUGAAGACCAAGCCAGUACAGUCCAAGAGGACAGUCAUCUGGUCAAAGAUGAAGGUGCCACAGCAAAGCAGCUGUCUGAGGAAAAAAUUCAAGAUACCAAUGCUGAACCAGAUGCAGCUGAUAAAAAAGAAGGGUUGGAUCCAAGCAUGAACCAAACUCCAAGGUCCAGUGCAGAUGGAAAAGAAAUGAAUGAGGAGAUGCUCUCAGAAAAAUCAAACAAAGCUUCCAAAUCAUUUUGCCAAACUCCAAAUAAUGAAGAACAAGAAAACAAAGGCAGUUCAGCAGAUGUUACUAAACAGAAAGCCUCUGAGAAGUUAGAUUCAGUCAAUGAUCACACCGGAGGAGAAGAUGACAGGAAGGAACGUAAUACUCAGAGCCAGGAGGUAUCUAAAGCAGUCACUGAAGGAACUGAAGAAGAGGAAGAAGCUUACCAGAUAAUUGAUUCUGUGAAAGAAGAGCCAGAGACCACAGAGACCGAGGCAGAGGCUGAGAACAAGGAGGAAAAAACCAAGAAAGACGCUGAAGUGGCUAAACGAGCUGAAAGACCAACAAGGAGGGGUGGACCGAGAACCAGAACAUCUAAAAGAGAGGAGAAAGAGACACAGGAGGAGAUGAUCUUUGAGGUAGUGGAUUGUGUUGAAGAUGAAUUUGUUCAACAUGUCUCCACCACAGAGAGGCCUGGUAGAAGGAGGUCGGCCAGAGGAAACAAAGAAGAUAAAAUGAUGCCAACUUCCACAGUUGCAUGUAUAAAACCCGUCAGGGAAGAGGAAUCUACGUCCGAGAUCCCAGACUCAGUGGAGGGUAAGGCUGCCAUGAACGAACAAACCAUCACAACAAGGUCAACCAGAGGAAGAAGAGAAACUAAAGAAGACGUCUCAAAAAAAGACAAGACACCAACGAGAAGGAGGCCGACACCUGCCAGAGAUUCUCAGGAACCAAAGAAGGAGGAACCUCUGCAGACUGAAGAGAAAGGCCCCAUGAAAGAGAGCACACCAACAAAGAAGAGCGAGGAGAAUGCCACCUUUACAAUAGUAGACCCAGUGCAGGAUGAAAUUAUUAAGGAUGAACUGGCCAAAACUCCAGAAAAAAGAAGAAGGGGAAGACCAAAGAAGGACACUAAAGUAACUAAAAAACAAGCUGCCUUGAAGAAUGCUGCAUCUAGUAAAGUGGCUGAUGAAGAGGAGGCCAUUUAUCAGAUUGUUGACUCGGCUGAGGAUGAGACGGCUGACAAUGAGCCUCUCAAAGACCAGAGUACAGAAGAGCCAACAGUGCCUAAAGACGAUAAAGACUCAGCAUCGCCAAAAAAUGCAGAUGAGGAGGAGGAAGAGCUGUUGUAUCAGAUUGUAGAUUCUCUAGAAGACGAUCAAGUCCGAGAAGACCCAACAAAUGCACAAACAUCAGACAGAGAGACAAAGGAGCGAGAGACACUCGGUAAAAAAGAAGACUCUCUCACAUGCGGCGCUAUGGCUGCGGAAGUGGUCGAUAAAGAGGAGUGUUUGGAUCACACUGCUGAGGUUAGUAAUGCUCUAUCUGCUGAAGACGGGUCUGGUACAGCAACAAAGGAAGAGAAGCCAAAAACAGAUACUAAAGAGGCCACUGGGUCCCAAAGUGAUGCUGCUGCAGUACCAGAAGAAAAGACAAAUCUGGAGGAAGACACCCAGGAGCUGGUUACUCUGGAUGAGGUGGGAGCAGAUGAUGCUGGGGAGGAAAGAGCAGUGGAGGGUCAGGACUGGAGCAGGGAGAUCACCAAGGGAGAACCUGCAGAGCUCAUCACUCUGGAUGAGGUUGUUGAAAAUGAUGAGGAGUGGGAAAGGACAGUGGAGCCCCGCCCACCAACACAGGAGAGCCAAUCAGUGGAGGCCGCAGACAUAGAGACUUUGGCGACAGCAGCUGAGGUAGAAGAGGAAGCAGAGAAGACAUCAGGAUCUGCUAAACGCAAACAUGAUGAAACAGAGGAGAGCGUCAACUUUGUGACGGUGGACGAGGUGGGAGAGACUGAGGAGAAGGAGGCGGUCAUUACCAGGACAAGAGGUCGACCCAGGAAGAGAACCAGGCAGACCCCCGUAAGAAAAUCUGCUAGAGGGAAACCAGAGAGCACAAAAGAUGAGACAGAAGAGGAGGAAAAAACAGAACCACUGCCUCCAGCUUCUGUUAAUCCCACUUUAUCACAGGACCGAGACUCAUCUGUGCCGCCAGGUGACGGCCAGGCAGAGAGGACCGAGGAGGAAGCAGCGACCCAGCCUGAUGCUGCACCUGCCCCUGCUGGACCGCAGCAAGAGCCCAAGUGUCCUGAUAAGGAGACACAGGAGGGAGAGGAGAAGGAUGGAUGGAGCACGGCCGACAUUAAAGUUGUGGGUAAACGCAGGAGGGAGCUUGUCGGACCUGAGGCAAAGCGAUCUCGCUCUCAGUCUCCGUGUGUUGUAGCAGAUUUCAGACUGCCUCAGUUCAACCCCAACAGCCCCCUCGGUCAGGAGUUUGUGGUCCCUAAAUCAGGAUUUUUCUGUAACAUCUGCUCUGUUUUCUACCUGAAUGAGAAGACCGCCAAGGAACUCCACUGCUGCAGCCAGAAACACUAUGACAACCUGCAGAAAUAUUAUGAGAAACGUCGACAAAGAGCUUCAAAAACGUUGUCUCAGACGUCUCCAGGCUCCGUUUCUGACUGAUGGACCUGAUCUACUGAUUAUUUUAACACAUAACUGUAGAGAACAAGCCAAUGUUAUUGAUCCUACUAGUUCAGAAACUAAUCGCCAUGUGACACCUUUUGUUGUAAAUUAUAUGUCUUCAUUCAUGAAUUGUCUCGCAGCCUUUCAGUUAGUGCUUCUGGUUUUGUUUGUACAAGCUGGUGAAUAUCACAGUUUUAAAUUUGUGUUAUUAUUUUAUCUUUUAUGUGAAAAUAUUAUUGAAAAAUGAAUUAAUUUAGUUAACAGGUCAUCAGGAGGUUCCCGACAGGUGUUGAUAGUUUAUUAAAUCUUUUUUGCUCAUUUA